AAAAUUAAAUAAUGUAACAAAGAAGGACACCUAUUCUCUACCAAGAAUUGAUGACAUGUUAGACAAUCUUGGUAAUGCUCAAUGGUUCACGUCUCUAGACUUGACUUCUGGAUAUUGGCAAGUAGAAGUCAAAGAAGAGGAUAAAGAAAAAACUGCAUUCAUUACUAAAUAUGAUCUUUAUGAAUUUAAUAUUAUAUCUUUUGGAUUACAAGCCAACCUUCGAAUCAACUCAGAAAAAUGUCACUUCUGUACAAAUAAAAUGCAAUUUCUUGAACAUGUAGUUGGUGUUGAUGGAAUCAAACCAGAUUUUCAAAAG